AUGGCGGGGCUGCGGGCCAGGCGGGGCCCGGGGCUGGGGCUGAUGGCGCUGUCCACGCUGGGCUUCUGCCUAAUGCUGCAAGUCAGUGCCAAGAGGCCCUCCAAGACGCCCCCGUGCCCGCCCAGCUGCUCCUGCACCAGGGACACCGCCUUCUGCGUGGACUCUAAGGCAGUGCCCAGAAACCUGCCCUCAGAGGUCAUCUCCUUGACUCUGGUGAAUGCUGCCUUCUCCGAGAUUCAGGACGGAGCAUUUUCUCACCUGCCACUGCUACAGUUCUUGUUACUCAACUCCAACAAGUUCACGCUGAUUGGAGACAACGCCUUCACAGGACUGUCCCACCUGCAGUACCUCUUCAUUGAAAACAAUGACAUCUGGGCACUCUCCAAGUUUACCUUCAGAGGACUCAAGUCCUUGACGCAUCUCUCACUGGCCAACAAUAACUUGCAGACACUGCCUCGAGACAUCUUUCGACCCCUGGACAUUCUGAGUGACUUAGACCUCCGGGGCAACUCAUUCAACUGUGACUGCAAGGUGAAGUGGCUGGUGGAGUGGCUGGCACACACGAACACUACAGUGGCCCCCAUCUAUUGCAACAGCCCGCCCCGCUUCCAGGAGCACAAGGUGCAGGAUCUGCCGCUGCGGGAGUUUGACUGCAUCACCACGGAUUUUGUGCUGUACCAGACCCUGUCCUUCCCGGCAGUGUCAGCUGAGCCCUUCCUUUACUCCAGCGACCUCUAUCUGGCUCUGGCCCAACCAGGUGCCAGCGCCUGCACCAUCCUCAAGUGGGACUAUGUUGAACGACAGCUGCGAGACUAUGAUAGAAUUCCAGCCCCCUCGGCAGUGCACUGCAAGCCCAUGGUGGUGGACAGCCAACUGUACGUGGUCGUGGCACAGCUGUUUGGUGGCUCUUACAUUUACCACUGGGAUCCCAACACCACGCGCUUCACCAAGCUGCAGGACAUUGACCCCCAGCGUGUGCGCAAGCCCAAUGACCUAGAGGCCUUUCGCAUUGACGGGGACUGGUACUUUGCCGUGGCCGACAGCUCCAAGGCAGGUGCCACCAGUCUCUACCGCUGGCACCAGAAUGGCUUCUACUCCCACCAGGCCCUGCAUGCCUGGCAUCGAGACACCGACCUGGAGUUUGUGGAUGGUGAGGGCAAGCCGCGGCUGAUUGUCUCAAGCAGCUCCCAGGCGCCGGUCAUCUACCAGUGGAGUCGAAUCCAGAAGCAAUUUGUGGCCCAGGGCGAGGUGACCCAAGUGCCUGAUGCCCAGGCAGUGAAACAUUUUCGCGCUGGCCGUGACAGCUACCUUUGCCUCAGCCGCUACAUCGGUGACUCCAAGAUCCUGCGCUGGGAGGCCACUCGUUUUUCGGAGGUGCAGGCCCUGCCUUCCCGGGGCUCCCUGGCCCUGCAGCCCUUCCUGGUGGGUGGCCGCCGGUACCUGGCGCUGGGCAGCGACUUCUCCUUCACCCAGAUCUACCAGUGGGAUGAGGGGCGGCAGAAGUUUGUGCGGUUCCAGGAGCUGGCUGUGCAGGCCCCUCGGGCCUUCUGCUACAUGCCUGCUGGGGACACCCAGCUGCUCCUGGCCCCCAGCUUCAAGGGACAAACACUUGUGUACCGACAUGUUGUGGUGGAUCUCAGUGCCUAGAGGAGUGCCCAGGCCUCUGGGUUCCUCAGGACAGCUGCUGGAGGCCGAUGGGUGAGCAGCACAUGUGCCCAUGUGAAGACACAUGUAACCAACCCGCACACAUGCCCUCUCCUACACACAUGCCCGGUGAGCCUGGGCAUGCACCUUGGGCAAGCCCAGGGGAGCCUGUCAUUGUAGAUGUAAUCGGCGUGAACAACUGUACAGACAUACCAGACACACCCAGGCAACCCAGCACACCAAGGUACCCUCCUGUACAUGGACAAGUCACCCCCUCCCCGAUACAGGUUCCUGUCACCCUGCUGCCCCCCUUGACUCAUGCAUACUAGUGGCUGGGGUAGGGGUGCAGGGAGGAAGGAUGACCCCACCCUCCUGUUCUCCUGCUUGCUGAUCUCACCCUCUGGUCUCUCCUGUUGGUACUCCAGGUGUUUGUUUGUCUGUUCACGGUCACCACUGCUGCCCACAGCCACAUCCUUCAUAGCUCUGGGUGUUUCAUCCAUGCUACACUCCUCUGUGUACACACAAGCACACUGACAGCCCUGCUCAGUGACACACUCUCUCACGGACCUGUCUGCCCUCCUGUUUCCAUAUACACACCUGUCAAGGAGUGUGUGCACACAGGUGGUCAGCUUUGCCCACAGGGGCCCCGCCUGCUACUUUGCCUCUCUUCUUCUGUUCCUCCUCU